AUGUCCAAAAGGAGUGUUGCGACAUCAUCCUCACAGGAGGCUACAACGGACUCCUCUUCAGAGUCUGAAGCUCCUGUAAAUGUUCAGAAUACCUCCAAUCAGGCUGCCAUGCAGAAGACCACAAAUGCCUCACAUGUUGCCUCUGGUCUGUCUGUCAUCAGAAUCCCCCUCAGCUUGUCUCUGGACUCUGUGGACGACAUGUAUUACGGUUGCUCCCACAAGAUGCUGAUCAAAGUAAAACAUCACUACAUUCCCUCGGAGCACAGGGAAGGUCUGCACUCCAUGUACACAAACCGUUGUGCUGUUAAAGCCAUGAGGAAUAAAGACAACUAUGAUCCGCUGUCUUUGAAUCACUUCCGGGCUCUGUGCCUACACGUGGGUGGGUCGUAUGGGGAGUUGAACCGAGCAGUCCGCAGAGGGGAGGCUUCCUACGGGACCUCGUUUGAAUUCCACUGCCUCCACUUCCUGCUGUCUGAUGCCAUCCGGCUGCUAAAACUCAACCAAAGAAGCUGCUUCACCACCUACAGGAGGAGCAAACUGCUCUACAGUGGAGAACCUGGACAAAUUAUGCGCUUCGGUUCAUUUGCCUCCAGCUCUCUCAGCAAGGACCUGAGACAGUUUGGACAGAGGAGCUGCUUUGAGAUACACACAUGUUUCAGUGCCUACCUCAAGUCCUAUUCAGAGUUUGAUUCAAACAAGGAUGAGUAUGAAAUGUUCAAUAUUGUAUCUGUGGACACUUCAGGACAGAACCAUUUACAUGAUGUUGUCUACAAGCUGGAGACGGCCGGACUUUACAGCAAUCUCAACUGCCAGGCUGUGGAGCCUUUUUAG